UGAAUGUAAAGGCCCAAAGUAAGACGCCCCUAGUAUAGGUUGAAUAGUACGUUCCUGCACAACAGAGCCCGCGAGGGCUGGUGAGAAGGAGAGAGAUAUACUAAUGAUCAGAAUUGAUAGAAGAGUGACAGAGAUAGCGAGGGCGAGAGAGGAACGCGAGGGCCGAGGCACACCAUCGAGUAUCAACCAGCUGGUUGGCAAGGCAGCCGCGAGCAGUCGCCAGUGAGACGCGGUACCCCGCGAGGGCUUUCGUCGUUUGUUCGUUCGUCUAUACGUGUGUCUAUAUGUCCGUCAUCUCCCUUCCGCUUAAACCUAUCGUGGUCGUGCGUACGUUCAUUCGUUCGUCCGGUCCGUGUGUGGUGCGUCUCCCUUCGCUUGCUUUCAACGACACUUGCCACCGGUCGCGACUAUCGUCUCUGUGUCAAAGUACAUCUCUGUCUUACUCUAUCUCUCUCUCCUCGUUUCUCUUGGCGUGCCCGACUGAAAAGACAAGAUGGCUGCCGACUCAGGAAUGGAGACGUGUCCCUCCCCGGAGAUUGCAGACUCCAGGAAGCGGCCGCUGGAUUGUGACGCGGAAAAUGGCGCGACGAAGAGGUCUCAUUACGGAUCAGGGGGAGAUGGAACAUAUCACCUCAAAGUAUUGGUCCCUGGAGUGGCUGCUGGAGCAAUCAUUGGAAAAGGAGGAGAUACAAUUGCCCAAUUACAAAAAGAUACAGGAGCCAGAGUCAAAAUGUCUAAAUCCCAUGAUUUUUAUCCAGGAACCACAGAGAGAGUAUGUUUAAUUACGGGCAGUUUAGAAGCUAUAAUGGCUGUUAUGGACUUCAUUAUGGAUAAAAUUCGUGAAAAACCAGAUCUUACAUUGAAAACAACAGUAGAUUUUGAAUCGGGAAAAACUACUGCAGAAAGGGAUAAACAGGUAAAAAUUUUAGUGCCUAAUAGCACUGCAGGAAUGAUAAUAGGUAAAGCAGGAAAUUAUAUUAAACAAAUAAAAGAAGAAUGUGGUUCAUAUGUUCAAAUAAGUCAGAAAGCAAAAGAUGUAUCUUUACAAGAAAGGUGUAUAACAGUAAUUGGAGAAAAAGAAAAUAAUCGUAAUGCAUUAAUGAUGAUAUUAGCAAAAGUGGCAGAUGAUCCACAUAGUGGUACAUGUCCAAAUGUUAGUUAUGCAGAUGUUAGUGGUCCUGUAGCUAAUUAUAAUCCUACAGGCAGUCCUUAUGCUCAAGCACCUACAAGUACUCCUACAUACACCUCUACAGCUGGCAUUAAUACAGUGAGUCUCUUGAAUGGUGCUGGAUUAAGUUUGAACUUGAAUUUAGGAGCUGCUAUUACAGCGGGUACAGCACCAGUGACAACGCAAUUAUUGGAACAUAUAAAAUUAAAUUUACGAACGGCAGGUUUUUCCGAACCAGCUGCUAGUGAAAUUUUAUCUGCUAUUGCUACACUUGCUAAAUACAAUCUUCUUGGAAUGGGAAUUGGAAUGCCUUCUAGUAUGAGUUAUCUUGGAAAUCCUAUGGACAGCACUACAACUGCAAAUGGUUCGAAUAAUAAUGGUGGUGUAUUUGGGCCAAUUGGAACAGUUCCUACUCUUGGAUCUACGUCUCCUACACCACGUAAUACACUUGACAGAUACGAGCCCUUUGAUCCAUUCAGACAAAACAACACAGCUGCCAGUGCUAUUCAUCUAAACAACAAUUCAUUUGGCCUUGGCACUAACCAGUUAUCACUUGUAAGUAAGAGUCCUACACAGGUAGAUGCCAACAACAAGGAGACCAAGAAAGUAGACAUAGAAAUUGCAGAGGUUAUAGUGGGAGCUAUUCUGGGACCCGGUGGUCGUGCCCUCAUUGAGAUUCAGCACCUAAGUGGCGCCAACAUACAAAUCUCUAAGAAGGGCAUGUUCGCUCCUGGUACCAGGAACCGCAUAGUGACUAUCACGGGUUAUCCUAAUGCAAUUGGUACUGCUCAAUAUUUAAUUGAGCAAAGGAUCAGUGAAGAGGAAGCAAAACGAGCACGUCAGAAUGCCCUCGCCAAUAUGAUCCAUUGAUUUCAAGUACAGCACUUUUGUUCAUCCCCAUUAUUGAGCUCCGUUAUUCAUCUUUCCACAUCUUGAGAUGAUGUUUGCGGUAGCUCUCUCUUCCCUUCUUUAAACUCUCGUCCACUAUCACCUACCACCCGUUGUCAUCUGUCGCUACAUCACUAUAGCGCUUGCAUUAUCACAUCACUAUUCAUGCAUCCAUCAUAGUUCGUCAACAUUUAUCUAUCUUUUAAGAUUAUUAUGAUAUAUAAAUAUUAUAUGUUAUAUGAUAACUACUACAAUUGUUCUGUGAUACACCACGUUACGGGGCUUUAUCACAAAUAACACACGUACCACAUCAGAGUCACAUAAUAUAUCUAGUUGUAUGGUAUAAUAGGAUAUUGAAAGAAGCAUGAUAAAAUUAUAAUUAUAUUAGAAACGAAAUGGCACAAUUUGGCCAUAGUUGUUCUUGAAAAAUCGAGACAACAAUGUUAUAUGGGUAAUUGUUUCGUUUCAUAAAGAUGAAUCUAUUUUUUUUUUUUAUAUAUAUAGGAGCAUAAUCUUACUAUUAAUGCGAGAGAUAUUUUUAGUUAGAAGAUCAUACAGAACUCACAAAUUGAAUGACUUCGAUCUGAAAGAUUAAUAUCCUAAUGUAUCGCGCAAGUCAAAUUCUAUUCAUUUCCACAAAAUAAUAUUGCAAUUAUUGUAUUGAACUGUUCCUUGAACUACGAAAUGAUUAGACUGUUUGAACGAGUUUUUACUCAUAGUUAAUAAUAUUGAGCGAGUUUUCUUAAGUACAGAGUAAUACCUUGGCAAAACCAAAGAUCUUACAUUUGUAAAGCAGAAAUAACUUGGCUGGAAGAUAAAUA